AUGACAGAGAUAGCACAGAUUCAUGCAGGGGUCCAUUGGGAGCCUGGGCAGGGCCCCCCAGCGAUGGAAGAGGGUUUCGAUAGUGGAAGUAAUUCUUCCAAGCUGUUUGAGCGAUCAAGAAUCAAAGCUCUUGCAGAUGAGAGAGAGGCAGUCCAGAAAAAGACCUUUACAAAAUGGGUGAAUUCACACCUGGCCCGUGUGGGCUGCCGGAUUGGUGACUUAUAUUUGGAUUUACGAGAUGGAAAGAUGUUGAUAAAAUUGCUGGAAGUCCUAUCUGGGGAACGCCUGCCUCGACCAACAAAGGGCAAAAUGAGGAUCCACUGCCUAGAGAAUGUGGAUAAAGCAUUGACGUUCCUGCAUGAACAAAAAGUCCACCUUGAAAAUAUGGGUGCUCACGACAUUGUAGAUGGCAGUGCCAGACUUACACUCGGUCUCAUAUGGACUAUCAUCCUUCGUUUCCAGAUUCAAGACAUUAUUGAAGAAACUGAAAAUAGUGAGACAAAAUCUGCCAAAGAUGCCCUUUUGCUUUGGUGCCAGAUGAAGACUGCUGGAUACCCGAACGUCAAUGUCCGUAAUUUCACUACCAGCUGGAGAGAUGGCUUGGCUUUCAAUGCCAUCAUUCACAAACAUAGGCCUGACCUCAUUCAGUAUGACAAGCUCCAGAAAUCCAAUGCUAUGCACAAUCUGAACAAUGCCUUCACAGUUGCAGAAGAAAAACUUGGUAUAACCAAAUUGUUGGACCCAGAAGAUGUCAACGUUGAAAUUCCUGAUGAGAAGUCUAUGAUCACAUAUGUGGUAACCUACUAUCAUUACUUCUCUAGAAUGAAGGCUGAAUCUGUUCAAGGCAAGAGAAUUGGAAGAGUAAUUGACAAUGCUAUUGACACAGAGAAGAUGAUUGAAGAGUAUGAAACUCUAACUUCUGAACUCUUAGAAUGGAUAGAACAGACAAUUGUUAUUCUGAAUGACAGAAAAUUUGCCAACUCUUUAACUGGAGUACAAGAACAACUGACAGGAUUUAACACAUACCGUACUGUAGAGAAACCCCCGAAGUUUGUCGAGAAAGGGAACCUCGAAGUUCUUCUGUUUACUCUUCAAAGUAAGAUGCGGGCCAACAACCAGAGGCCCUACCUUCCCAGGGAAGGUAAAUUGAUAUCUGACAUCAACAAGGCUUGGGACAAACUGGAAAAGGCUGAGCACGAAAGAGAGUUGGCUUUGCGAGAAGAACUGAUCCGACAAGAAAAGCUGGAGCAGUUGGCUGCUAGGUUCAAUCGCAAGGCUGGCAUGCGUGAGACUUGGCUCAGUGAAAACCAGAGGCUUGUGUCUCAGGACAAUUUCGGCUAUGACCUUGCUGCUGUGGAGGCUGCUACCAAAAAACAUGAGGCCAUUGAAACUGAUAUUAAUGCCUAUGAAGAGCGUGUACAAGCUGUCAUUGCAGUAUCCAAUGAAUUACAACAGGAGAACUACCAUGACAUUUCCAGAAUUAUUGUCAGGAGAGACAAUGUUCUGUGUCUGUGGAAUUAUCUUUUGGAACUGCUCCGGGCAAGGCGCAUGAGACUUGAGCUUUCUUUGAAUCUCCAGAAAAUAUUCCAAGAAAUGUUGUAUAUCCUUGAUUGGAUGGAAGAAAUUAAGGCUCGUCUCAUGUCAGAGGAUUAUGGCAAACAUUUGAUGGGAGUGGAAGAUUUGCUUCAAAAACACAGCUUGCUUGAGGCUGACAUCAAUGUUGUUGGUGAGAGAGUGAAAACUGUUAAUUCUCAAGCUCACAGAUUUGCUGAGGGCAACUUUGUAGAUGUUGGAUCUGAAUACCAACCUUGCAAGCCUGAAGUUAUACUUGAGCGUAUGUCCACUCUGGAGACAGCAUUCACUGAAUUGAAACAACUGUCAGCUGAGCGCAGGUCUCGCCUUGAAGAAUCCCGUAAACUGUGGCAGUUCUAUUGGGAUAUGGCUGAUGAGGAGGGCUGGGUAAAAGAAAAGGAGCAGUUGAUGUCUUCUCCUGACCUGGGACAUGAUUUGACCAGUGUGCACCUCCUACUGAACAAACACAAGGCACUGGAGGAUGAAAUGACAGCCAGACACUCACACCUGCAGUCAGUCAUCCAAGUUGGCAAUGAUCUCAUUUCUGCCGGCAAUUUCGGUGCAGACAAGAUCCAAGAACGCAUAGAUGAGAUCAACCAGCAGUGGGAGAGUUUGAUUGACCUGGCAGCCUAUCGUAAACGCAGACUCAACGAGGCUGUUGAUUACUAUCAGUUCUUUGCGGAUGCUGAUGACAUUGACAUCUGGAUGUUGGAUACGUUCCGUAUUGUGUCCAGUGAAGAUGUCGGCCGUGAUGAAGCCAGUGUACAGUCUCUGCUCAAGAAACACAAGGAUGUAACAGAUGAACUUAAGAAUUACCAGAGUGUCAUUGAAAGUCUUCAUGAGCAAGCUACAAACCUUGGUGAACAGGACCGUGAGUCUGAUGAUGUGCAGAGUCGAUUGGGCAGCAUUGACCGUCGCUACCAAGAACUACUGGAACUUGCAAAACUGCGCAAACAGCGGCUGCUUGAUGCCCUCUCUCUUUACAAGCUCUUCAACGAGGCUGAUGGAGUGGAGACCUGGAUAAAUGAGAAGGAGAAAUUCUUGACUACAAUUGUCAUCACUGAUGACAUUGAAGAACUUGCAAUUGUGAAACACCGCUUUGAAAGUUUCGAACAUGAAAUGAACUCUACGGCAUCCAAGGUUGCAGUGGUGAACCAGCUGGCUCGGCAGUUGCUCCAGGUUGAACAUCCAAAUGCCGCUGAGGUGAUUGCACGUCAGAAUCAACUGAAUCGCCAAUGGAACAACUUGAGGUCGCUGGUUGACCAGAAGAGGGACGAAAUCCACCUGGCCCAUGGCUUGCAGAACUUCCACAUUGAAUGUAACGAGACCAUUGGCUGGAUAAACGAGAAAAUGAAAAUCAUUGAAUCAACAGAAGAACUUGACAAUGAUUUGACUGGCGUUAUGACACUACAGAGGCGGCUCAGUGGUAUGGAACGAGAUCUUGCAGCUAUACAGGCUAAAGUUGAAUCUUUGCAAGUAGAAGCAGAUAGGCUACAAGAAACUAAACCUGAAGAAGCCCAGGCUAUUCGUGAAAAGAUCAAUGACAUCAAUAAUGUAUGGAUGGAUCUCAAAGAAAUGCUAAAAGAUCGUGAUGAGAAACUUGGUGAAGCGGGAGAACUGCAACGUUUCCUCGGCAACCUUGACCAUUUCCAGCAGUGGCUGUCUCGUACACAAACCACAGUUGCAUCAGAAGAUAUUCCCAACAGUCUGGCUGAUGCAGAGAAGCUGCUUAACCAACAUCAGCAGCUCAAGGAUGAAAUUGAUGCCUAUGCUCCUGAAUAUGCAAAAAUGAAGGAGUUUGGGGAUAAAGUCACUGAUGGGCAAGAUGAUCCUCAGUACAUGUUUCUACGACAGCGCCUCCAGGCCCUUGAUGGUGGCUGGCAGGAAUUGUUACAGAUGUGGGAGAACAGACAGCAGCUACUAUCCCAGAGCCUUAACCUGCAGAUGUUCCUUCGGGAUGCCAAGCAGGCUGAAGUGCUUCUGAACCAGCAAGAGAACUUCUUGUCCAAAGAAGAAGUGCCGAACUCUCUGGAAGCUGCUGAAAAUCUCAUCAAGAAACAUGAAGCCUUUAUUACCACCAUGGAUGCAAAUGAUGAGAAGAUCAACAAUGUUUUGCAGUUUGCCCACAGGCUAAUUGAGGACAACAACUAUGCUGCUGACAAGAUCAAUAAGAAGGCAGAAAACAUUAAUGAAAGACGAAAUGCUAACAGGCAGCGAGCAUAUGAACAACUGGAACGUCUCAAGGACCAAUUGUUAUUGCAACAAUUUGUUCAGGAAUGUGAAGAGUUGCGUGAUUGGCUCCAAGAUAAAAUGGCUGCUGCUCAAGAUGAAACCUACAGGGAUGCUAAGAAUCUCCACAGCAAAUACAUGCGACAUCAAGCAUUUGAAUCUGAAAUUGCAGCCAAUAAAGACCGCUUACUUAGGCUUCACCAGGCUGGCGAAGGCUUAUUGAAAGACAAACCUGAAGCUGCUGAACAGAUUGGACCGGUCCUUGAAGGACUCAGCACUCAAUGGGAAGAAUUGGAGAACACAACCAAGGACAAAGGCGAACGUCUGUUUGAUGCCAACCGUUCUGUACUCUAUGAACAGAGCUGUGAUGAUAUUGAUGGAUGGAUCAACCAACUUGAGUCACAAGUCAUCACUGAAGACUUUGGCAAGGAUUUGACAACUGUUAACCUUAACAUGCAGAAGCAAAAUCAACUGGAAUCUCAGAUGAAACUGAAGGCAGACCAAGUCAGUGAACUAGGAAGCCAAGCUACUCACUUGAAACGUUUGGAUCCCAAUAAGGGUGCUGAAAUUGAGGCCCGUAAAGCUGCUGUUGCUGAACGGUUCUCGAGAAUUCAGGAGCCUUUGUUGAAGAGGCGUGCUCAACUGGAAAAAGUGAAACGGAUCCACCAGUUUCAACGUGACAUUGAGGAUGAGAAGAUGUGGAUUGAAGAGAAGAUGCCUUUAGCCACGUCUAAUAAUUAUGGAAACAGCCUCCUUAGUGUACAACUGCUCAUGAAAAAGACUCAUUCCUUGCAAACUGAGAUUGAAAAUCACGAACCACGCAUUAACAGCGUCAUUGCUGUUGGUCGCGAUUUGAUUGAUGAACAACAUCCCCAGUCUGAUGAGUUUGAGGUUCUCAUUAAUGACCUUAGCAGCAAAUGGAAGGUCCUCAAUGACUCUGUGGAGGCCAGAAAAGACCGCCUUCUGCUCUCAGACACUGCCCAACAAUAUUAUCAAGAUACUUCUGAGGCAGAGUCUUGGAUGAGUGAGCAAGAAUUAUACAUGAUGGGUGAGGAGCGGGCCAAGGAUGAGAUUGGAGCUCAGAAUAUGUUGAAGAAACACCAAAAUUUGGAAUCUGCUGUUGAGGACUAUACAGAUGUUGUGCGCCAAUUGGGUGAGAGAAGCAGAACCCUUAUUGAACAAGAACAUCCAGAAAGUGAACAAAUUGCUGUCCGCCAAGCUCAAGUUGACAAACUUUAUGCUGGGCUAAAAGAUUUGGCUCAAGAACGACGUGGCAAGCUGGAAGAAGUACUCAAACUGUAUACACUAAGUCGUGAGAUUGAAGAUUUAUUACAAUGGAUUGCUGAGAGGGAAGUUGUUGCUAAAUCACAAGAACUUGGACAAGAAUACGAACAUGUCACUACAUUGAAAGAACGUUUCAAGGAGUUUGCUCGAGACACUGAGAACAUUGGUCAAGAUCGUGUAGCUUCAGCCUGCGAAAUCUGUGAUACUCUGAUUGCUGCUGAGCACUCUGAUGCACCAAUCAUUGCUCAGUGGAAGGACAACCUGAAUGAAGCCUGGACUGACCUCCUUGAAUUGAUAGACACCCGGACACAGAUGUUGCAAGCUUCAUGGGAAUUAUGGAAAUUCAACCACGAUUGCAAAGAAACCCUGGAGAGAAUCCAAGAAAAGAAGAAUUACAUCCCAGAAGAAGUUGGAAGAGAUGCACAGAGCGUGGCUGUAUUACAGAGAAAGAAUGCUAACUUUGAGCAUGAUCUUAUUACUCUUGGAAAUCAAGUCCAUUUAAUCCAAGAAGAAUCUGCUCGCCUUCAAGUUGGCUAUGCUGGGGAGAAAGCCCGUGAAAUUCAAAGCUGGGAAUCUGAUGUAGUUAAUGCUUGGCGUAACUUGCAAAUGAUGGUUGAAAGCCGGAGAAUGAGACUUGCUGAUGCUAGUGACCUUUAUAAAUUCUUUAACAUGGUCCGAGAUCUCAUGUUGUGGAUGGAUGACAUCAGGCGACAAAUGAGCACCCAAGAAAAACCUCGGGAUGUGUCUGGUGUAGAAUUGCUUAUGAACAACCACCAGAGUUUAAAAGCAGAGAUUGAUGCACGAGAAGAAAACUUUGCUAUUUGUAUAAACUUAGGAAGAGAUCUUUUAACACGCAAGCAUUACCGAUCCAGUGAAGUAAGAGAAAAAUUAAUACAGUUAACGUCCCAGAGGCAUUCCAUGAAUGAGCAGUGGGAUGAGAGAUGGGAGUACUUGCAGCUCAUUUUGGAAGUCUACCAAUUUGCCCGUGAUGCCGCUGUGGCUGAAGCCUGGCUCAUGGCUCAAGAACCCUACCUACAGAACCAAGAUUUGGGUGAUACACUCGAUGCUGUGGAGAACCUUAUCAAGAAACAUGAGGCCUUUGAAAAGUCUGCAGCAACUCAAGAAGAACGAUUUGCUGCUUUGGAAAAACUCACAACAUUUGAACUUAAAGAAAUCCAAAGAAAACAAGAAGAGGAAUAUCGGCAAGAACAUCCUGAUGAAGUAGCAAAAUCUAAAGAGGAAAAGAGACGAAAAUACAUUGAGGAAUUUGUGCCCCCAGAAGAACCCCCAGAGCCUGAACCUGAAGAACAUCCUUCGACAGAGGCUGAAGAGGGUGAGGGUGCAGCUGAGGAGAGCUCACAGCCGGCCAUGAUUAAUGGGGACAAAGAUGAGCUUGACGAAUCAGGCCCAUCAGUGACCACCAUGGCCACCACACCUACAACUACCACCAGUGCACCAGCUGCAACUCCGGAAACAUUGAAGCCUCGCUCAAAAGGCCCUGGUUCAUUCGGCUCGCCAUCCACCAAAGAUCGCUCUCUGGAUAUGCACACACCAGUCACCUCCCCGGAGGACUCAACACAAUUAAAGUCCAGGUCUCUCCCCCACAGGGGCAGCUCUGCAAAGAAUAAAGAGAAGAAACGGUCACGUUCCAAAUCACCAUUUGGAAAACUCUUCGCUCGUAAGCGUGAUGACGACGAUGAUGCGGGACCAUCAUCAGGUCUGGCAGAACCAAUGCCUGGUACGGCUGAGGCUGAACAUGCAGAGGGAACAUUGAUCAGGAAACAUGAAUGGGAGACACAAACUAAAAAGGCCUCCAAUAGGUACAUUUGUAACAGUCUUAUCUCUCACAUCCCUCUCCUUAUAUGUCUUAUCUCUCCCAUCCCUCUCCUUAUAUGUCUUAUCUCUCCCAUCCCUCUCCUUAUAUGUCUUAUCUCUCCCAUCCCUCUCCUUAUAUGUCUUAUCUCUCCCAUCCCUCUCCUUAUAUGUCUUAUCUCUCCCAUCCCUCUCCUUAUAUGUCUUAUCUCUCCCAUCCCUCUCCUUAUAUGUCUUAUCUCUCCCAUCCCUCUCCUUAUAUGUCUUAUCUCUCCCAUCCCUCUCCUUAUAUGUCUUAUCUCUCCCAUCCCUCUCCUUAUAUGUCUUAUCUCUCCCAUCCCUCUCCUUAUAUGUCUUAUCUCUCCCAUCCCUCUCCUUAUAUGUCUUAUCUCCCAUCCCUCUCCUUAUAUGUCUUAUCUCUCCCAUCCCUCUCCUUAUAUGUCUUAUCUCUCCCAUCCCUCUCCUUAUAUGUCUCUCUCCCAUCCCUCUCCUUAUAUGUCUUAUCUCUCCCAUCCCUCUCCUUAUAUGUCUUAUCUCUCCCAUCCCUCUCCUUAUAUGUCUUAUCUCUCCCAUCCCUCUCCUUAUAUGUCUUAUCUCUCCCAUCCCUCUCCUUAUAUGUCUUUAUCUCUCCCAUCCCCUCUCCUUAUAUGUCUUAUCUCUCCCAUCCCUCUCCUUAUAUGUCUUAUCUCUCUUCCUCGCUGUCUGUCUCCUUCUCCAUCUCUCUCCUCCUCUCUCUCUCUCUCUCUCUCUCUCUCUCUCUCUCUCAUCUCUCCUCCAUCUCUCUCUCUCUCUCUCUCUGUGGGUCAUCUCUCCAUCCAUCUCUCUCUCUCUCUGUGGGUCAUCUCUCCUCCAUCUCUCUCUCUCUCUCUCUCUCUGUGGGUCAUCUCUCCUCCAUCUCUCUCUCUCUCUCUCUCUGUGGGUCAUCUCUCCUCCAUCUCUCUCUCUCUCUCUCUCUGUGGGUCAUCUCUCCUCCAUCUCUCUCUCUCUCUCUCUCUGUGGGUCAUCUCUCCUCUCUCUGUGGGUCAUCUCUCUCUCUCUCUCUCUCUCUCUGUGGGUCAUCUCUCCAUCUCAUCUCUCUCUCUCUCUCUCCAUCUCUCUCUCUCUCUCUCUCUGGGUCAUCUCUCCUCCAUCUCUCUGUCUCUCAUCCCCACCACCCUGUCUUGGGAGAAAGCUUAUAUUAUCCUUCAAAACUCCGAACUUUCCUGCUACAAGGAUUUGAAACAUGCAAAAUCUGAUCCCAACACUCGUCUCCAUCAUGAGCCUCCCAUCAAUUUGACCGGUGCUACCUGUGACCGAGCACAUGAUUACACCAAACGUCCCCAUGUGUUCCGUCUUAGAAUUGCUACAGGCGCCGAAUAUUUGUUUCAGUGCAAAGAUGAUGCUGAGUUGGAGUCUUGGAUUCAGAAGAUGAGUGCAGCAACUGGAGGGGAAGUUAGCAGCAGUACUGGCCCAACAAGAUCACAGACGCUACCUGCAAAGACAGAGACUGAACCAAAACGAGAUGAACACAAGCGAAGGAGUUUUUUUACAUUGAAAAAGAAAUAA